AGAGCUUUAACCCCCUCCUCUCUGCCUUUUCCCACGAGUGGAGUGAAGCGGAGGAGAAGGAAGCAUCGCAUCCGCCUCCGAUCCGGCGAUGGCGAGGGCGCCGCCGCCGCUGUCGUCGUUGCCGCCGCCGCCGCGCCGGCCCACGGUGGUGCUGCUUCUGGGGCUGGCCCUCGCCUUCUGCCUCGCCGUCCUCUCCAUCCAGUCCUCAUUCUUCACCGCUCCGAGGCUGGCGAGUAGGCUGGAUCUGGACUCCGACGAGGUCCGCGCGCUCUCGGGCUUCCAGUCCCGCGUCCAGCAGUGCGUGGCAAGAAGGGGACUUGGCCUCACAGCAGAUAUUAUUGAUCAUUGCAAGCUAGUCCUUAGAUUUCCUAAAGGAACCAACAGCACUUGGUACAACACUCAGUUCAAAUAUUUUGAACCACUAGAAUACAACUAUGAUGUCUGUGAAACUAUCCUUCUGUGGGAACAGUACCGUAACAUGACGACUGUGUUGACAAGGGAGUACUUAGAUGUGCGACCUGAUGGGUGGUUGGAUUAUGCAGCCAAAAGGAUUGCACAGCUCGGUGCUGACAAAUGCUACAAUCGUACUUUGUGCGAAGAGCUUCUUAGUGUUUUACUCCCUGCUAAGCCUCCUUUUCAUCCUCGCCAGUUUGCAACAUGUGCUGUUGUUGGUAACUCAGGGGAUCUCUUGAAAACAGAGUUUGGACAAGAGAUUGAUGCACAUGAUGCUGUGUUCCGAGAUAAUGAAGCACCUGUUAAUAAGAAGUAUGCAAAAUAUGUUGGGUUGAAAAGGGACUUUCGACUGGUUGUCAGGGGUGCUGCUCGAAACAUGGCGCCAAUACUAAAGGGCUCCUCUGAUGAGGUUCUUAUUAUAAAAAGUUUGACGCACAAAGAAAUCAAUGCGGUGAUAAAGGAACUUCCAAACCCAGUUUAUCUUUUUCAAGGCAUAGUCUUGAGAAGAGGUGCUAAAGGGACUGGUAUGAAGUCAAUAGAAUUGGCCCUUUCCAUGUGUGAUAUUAUCGACAUGUAUGGAUUCACAGUUGACCCUAACUACACAGAAUGGACAAGGUACUUCUCACCCCCAAGGAAAGGACACAAUCCACUGCAAGGGCGGGCUUAUUAUCAACUUCUGGAGUGCCUUGGAGUAAUUCGAAUCCAUUCCCCCAUGAGAGCAAAGAGGGUAGAAGAUUGGUCGGAUAUACCUAGCAGGGAAGAGAUCAGAACAGCGCAUGCUGCGGCUUUUCGUUUAAAAAGGCAUGAAACUGGUCAAUCUGAUCAAAUGGGGCCAUUUAGCAACUGCAAGGUAUGGGGAACAGUUGACCCAGAUUACGGACCUGUAUCAGGAACUCCAGACAUGAGCGAAACACGAAAGAGCUCAAACUACAAGAAGUGGGAGGUACUCCCAUUCGACAGCUUACGAAUGGAGGCUCAGGAACACCAUGUCCAGAUGGGCGGCGUAUCUCUGUACAAGAUGGAUGGAAACAAGCUAGAUGAUCUUGUUUGUGUGAGACAUGAACGUUCAUCUAGUUAAGUCAGCACUUAAUCUUUGCCUGGAGAUGGCAUCUUGACCCUGUGGUAAUCUUCAGAGGCAUAUCUACUUGUCAGUUGUAAGAUCACAAGAGGCAAAGGAUUGAGGCUAUUCUUUAGGGUUUCUCAUUCCCCUGACAGAAAAUAUUCUUUUAUUGGUUUCUUAGCGACUUUGUAGGGAUAUUUGCUUAAUCAGUCGGAAGAAUGUUCCGCUAUGGGUACAGCUGUAACGAUUUUGGUGCCACUUGCAACAUGUACUAGCCAUCACGCAAUUCUGAACUGCAGUUUUGUUGUUGAGCUAGUAACCUACACCCUGAAUUGUAGUACUAUAGUUUUUGUUGUUGACACAUGUUUUCAUUUCACAAUGCCAUAUAAGUGAAAGUCAUGUUUGUUUUGUUAUUGACAAAUAUAUUUCACAAUACGGCAUUUAACGAUGCCAUAUGUUGCUGAGCUA